GUCUGGCUUUGCCUCUCUCUAUCCCACCUCACGCCUAGUGUUGGGUUCACACUCUGCCCCUCUCUCCUCUCCUCGCCUCUGUUCACCCACGUUCGGGAUGGGAAAACCUGACCCGUUGGGCUGGCUGCACCCCAGUUAUCACGUCGGGACGCAACCAUCUAGAGGCUCCCGGCGAGAUGUGCUGCUCUCCCACCAGGCCCGCGACUCCCAGUCUGCUCAGCUGGAUGUCCAUGGGCAGAGGAUCUCUCAGCUGCAGACGGAGCUACAGGAGAGCCAACUGGAGCUCCAGAGGGGACACAGCCGAAGAGAGCAGCAGCAGAGGGACCUGCAGACCCAGACACAGCAGGCAGAGGAGCUCCACACUCAGCUGGCUGAGGUCAAAGGGCGUCUUGUGCAGGUGGAGGGAGAAAAUGAGGCACUCAUGGGAUAUAAGCGGGAGCAGGGAGCUGAGGUGGAAAGGCUGGCAGUGGUGGUGUGUUCUCUGCAGAGCUCUGCCAGGGACAGAGAGGGCACAGAGAGUGCCCAGGCCGAGUGGAGGUGUGUGGACCUGGAGGGGGAGCUGACAGAGACCCGUGCCCAGCUCACGGAGUGCCAGGACAGGCUACAGGAAGCCAGGAGGAGGGUGCAGCAGUGCUGCUACAGAUAA